AUGGCGGAUUCCGGAGCUUAUUACAACUUCCUGAAACCACUUUCGGAAACUGGUAACGGAAAACCACCAAUGGUUUCGCGGAUGUUUGCUUGUCACUACUGUUCGCGAAUGUUCCACACUUCACAAGCCCUCGGUGGUCACCAGAACGCCCACAAGCGUGAAAGAGCUGCAGCUCGCCGGAGCUACGUUACAGAGCGGUUAGGUUCUCUUCGAACUGAUCCGUCUUCAAACCCUCCGGCUCAAUAUCUCGACCAGUACUGGCUUGACCCACGUGAGCUCCACUUUGGUUCGGCUUCUUCUCCCUCGUUUCCACUCCAGGGCCAGGCGAGCUCCACCGUCCAGCAACUCUUCCCGGCCGGAGUGAAUGAAGACGACCUCGACCUCACACUCCGUUUAUAG